GACAGGAGAAGUUCUGACAUUCGAUGAAAAUUAUUUUAUUUUAUAUGUACAUAUAAUUUUGGCCUCAACAAAAUUUCCGUGCAGAAAUGAACGCACCAAUUGUCUGGAUAAUGGGCGGCCCGAACAGCGGCAAAGACGUCCAAGUUCAAAAAAUUGUGGAGAAAUAUGGCUUUACGCAUAUCGAUCCUAACGCCAUGGUGGACAAAGAGAUUGAGGCUAAGAGUGCAGAUGGCAAAAAGUUCGAGGCAAUCCGUAAGGAUGGCAAGGAAGUACCUUUGGCCGAUAUAGUGCCGCUGGUGGAGAAGCAAAUUAUGGGCCAACGUGGCGGGAUCAAUGGAUUUUUACUCAAUGGAUAUCCGCGCAACGAGGCCGAAGCCAAGGUACUGGAAGAUCGUCUUGGCCAGCCUACCAUGAUCAUUGCGUUGGAUGUCCAAGGAGACACAAACAAAAAAGAGUCCAAGGCAGUGCUACAAAAAUAUUCCAACAUAACGAUGCAACUUAAUGCCGAACGUGAUGCCAAUGAAGUAUUCGAGGAUCUAGUUCCCAAUAUGGAGACACUGGUGAAGAACCGAGGGCCCCAAAUCUCAAUCGGACGCUAGAUCUUCAAAAUUCAAGUUGCUUGAAAAUCCCUAUAACAUAUUCAUAGACAUUCAAUUCAAAUCGAAACAAAUACAACUUUAGUUAAAUAGACCACAUACAGAAAAAGCACACGGAACACAAAAAGCUCAAUUCGAAAGCUCGCGUCAGCGCUCGUCUACGCGUACUGAAACCGUUAGCCGAAAGCCUUUUAAUUCAGUCACUCGCAAUAUACGCUGCAUCGAGCGAGGGUGGUGGAAAAUCGUCGGGCAAAGAUAUCGAACAACUUGGCGC